AUGGAAUGCUGCCGUCGGGCAACUCCUGGCACACCGCUCCUCUUUCUGGCUUUCCUGCUCCUGAGCUCCAGGACAGCACGCUCUGAGGAGGACCGGGAUGGCUUGUGGGAUGCUUGGGGCCCAUGGAGUGAAUGCUCACGCACCUGUGGUGGAGGGGCCUCCUACUCUCUGAGACGCUGCCUCAGCAACAAGAGCUGUGAGGGAAGAAAUAUCCGAUAUAGAACAUGCAGUAAUGUGGACUGCCCACCAGAAGCAGGCGAUUUCCGAGCUCAGCAAUGCUCCGCUCACAAUGAUGUCAAGCACCAUGGCCAGUUUUAUGAAUGGCUUCCUGUGUCUAAUGACCCAGACAACCCCUGUUCACUCAAAUGCCAGGCCAAAGGAACAACCCUGGUUGUUGAACUAGCACCUAAAGUCUUAGAUGGGACUCGUUGCUACACAGAAUCUUUGGAUAUGUGCAUCAGUGGUUUAUGCCAAAUUGUUGGCUGUGAUCACCAGCUCGGAAGCACCAUGAAGGAAGAUAACUGUGGAGUCUGCAACGGGGAUGGGUCCACCUGCCGACUGGUCCGAGGGCAGUACAAAUCCCAGCUCUCUGCAACCAAAUUGGAUGAUACUGUGGUUGCUAUUCCCUAUGGAAGUAGACAUAUUCGCCUUGUCUUAAAAGGACCUGAUCACUUGUAUCUGGAAACCAAAACCCUGCAAGGGGCUAAAGGUGAAAGCAGUCUCAGCUCGACAGGCACCUUUCUUGUGGACAAUUCUAGUGUGGACUUCCAGAAAUUUCCAGACAAAGAGAUUCUAAGAAUGACUGGACCACUCACAGCAGAUUUCAUUGUCAAGAUCCACAACUCAGGGCCCGCUGACAGCACAGUCCAGUUCAUCUUUUAUCAGCCUAUCAUCCACCGAUGGAGGGAGACAGAUUUCUUUCCUUGCUCAGCAACCUGUGGAGGAGGUUACCAGCUGACAUCGGCUGAGUGUUACGAUCUUCGGAGCAACCGUGUGGUUGCGGAUCAAUACUGUCACUAUUACCCAGAGAACAUCAAACCCAAACCCAAACUUCAAGAGUGCAACUUGGAUCCUUGUCCAGCCAGUGACGGAUACAAGCAGAUCAUGCCUUAUGACCUCUACCAUCCCCUUCCUCGGUGGGAGGCCACCCCGUGGACCGCGUGCUCCUCCUCGUGUGGGGGGGGCAUCCAGAGCCGGGCAGUUUCCUGUGUGGAGGAGGACAUCCAGGGGCAUGUCACCUCAGUGGAAGAGUGGAAAUGCAUGUACACCCCUAAGAUGCCCAUCGUGCAGCCCUGCAACAUUUUUGACUGUCCUAAAUGGCUGGCACAGGAGUGGUCUCCGUGCACGGUGACAUGCGGCCAGGGCCUCAGGUAUCGGGUGGUCCUCUGCAUCGACCAUCGUGGAAUGCACACAGGAGGUUGUAGCCCCAAAACCAAGCCCCACAUAAAAGAGGAAUGCAUCAUACCCACUCCCUGCUAUAAACCCAAAGAGAAACUUCCGGUAGAGGCCAAGCUGCCAUGGUACAAGCAAGCUCAAGAGCUAGAAGAAGGAGCUGCCGUGUCAGAAGAGCCCUCGUUCAUCCCGGAAGCCUGGUCAGCCUGCACGGUUACCUGUGGUGUGGGGACCCAGGUGCGAAUGGUGAGGUGCCAGGUGCUCCUGUCUUUCUCCCAGUCCGUGGCUGACCUGCCUGUUGAUGAAUGUGAGGGGCCCAAGCCAGCAUCCCAGCGUGCCUGUUAUGCAGGACCAUGCAACGGGGAAGCUCCUGAGUUUAACCCAGAAGAGACAGAUGGCCUCUUCGGUGGCCUGCAGGAUUUCGACGAGCUGUAUGACUGGGAGUAUGAGGGCUUCACCAAGUGCUCCGAGUCCUGUGGAGGAGGUGUCCAGGAGGCUGUGGUGAGCUGCCUGAACAAACAGACGCGGGAGCCUGCUGAUGAGAACCUGUGUGUGACCAGCCGCCGACCCCCCCGGCUCCUCAAAUCUUGCAGUUUGGAUCCCUGCCCGGCCAGGUGGGAAAUUGGCAAGUGGAGUCCAUGCAGUCUCACCUGUGGGGUUGGCCUACAGACCAGAGAUGUCUUCUGCUCCCACCUACUUUCCAGAGAGAUGAAUGAAACUGUAAUCCUGGCCGAUGAGCUGUGUCGUCAGCCCAAGCCCAGCACAGUGCAAGCUUGUAACCGCUUCAACUGCCCCCCAGCCUGGGACCCGGCACAGUGGCAGCCAUGUUCCCGAACCUGUGGCGGGGGCAUCCAGAAGCGUGAGGUUCUUUGCAAACAGCGCAUGGCUGAUGGCAGCUUCCUGGAGCUUCCUGAGACCUUCUGUUCAGCCUCAAAACCGGCCUCCCAGCAAGCCUGCAAGAAAGAUGACUGUCCCAGCGAGUGGCUCCUCUCCGACUGGACGGAGUGUUCCACAAGCUGUGGGGAAGGCACCCAGACUCGAAGUGCCAUUUGCCGGAAGGUGCUAAAAACCGGGGCCUCGGCCAUUGUCAAUUCCUCCCUGUGCCCUCCCCUGCCGUUCUCUUCAUCCAUCAGGCCCUGCAUGCUGGCAACCUGUGCACGGCCGGGACGGCCAGCCACCAAGCACAGCCCUCACAUUGCGGCCGCCAGGAAGGUCUACAUCCAGACGCGCCGGCAGAGGAAGCUGCACUUUGUCGUGGGGGGCUUCGCCUACCUGCUCCCCAAGACGGCUGUGGUGCUGCGCUGCCCCACGCGGCGCUUCCGCAAGCCCCUGAUCACGUGGGAGAAGGACGGCCAGCACCUCAUCAGCUCGGCGCACGUCACCGUGGCCCCUUUCGGCUACCUGAAGAUCCACCGCCUCAAGCCCUCGGACGCGGGCAUCUACACCUGCUCUGCCGGACCCGCCCGGGAGCAGUUUGUCAUUAAGCUCAUCGGAGGCAACCGGAAGCUGGUGGCCCGGCCCCUGAGCCUCAGGAGCGAGGAGGAGGCCCUCGCGGUGAGGAAGGCCAGCCCAAAGGAGGCCCUGCAGACCCACAAACACCAGAACGGAAUCUUCUCUAACGGCAGCAAGGCUGAGAAGCGGGGCCCCGCCGCAGACCCGGGGAGCCGCUACGAUGACCUCGUCUCCCGGCUGCUGGAGCAGGGGGGCUGGCCCGGGGAGCUCCUCGCCUCCUGGGAGGUGCAGGACUCCACGGAAAGGAACACGUCUUCCGAGGAGGACCAGAAUGCCGAGCAGGCCCUCUGGCACCUGCCCUUCACCAUGGUGACCGAGCAGAGGCGCAUGGACGACAUACUCAGGAACCUCUCCCAGCAGCCUGAGGAGCUUCGAGACGUCUACGGCAAGCACCUGGUGGCCCAGCUGGCCCAGGAGAUCUUCCGCACCCACCUGGAGCACCAGGACGCGCUGCUCAAGCCGUCUGAGCGGAGGCUACCCCCGGUGGCCAUCCCCCCUCAUAAGCACGUGUCUGGUUUCAGCAGCUCUCUCCGGACCUCGUCCGCUGGGGAGGCCGGGGGUGGCUCUCGCCGGCCCCAUCGCAAGCCCACCAUCUUGCGGAAGAUCUCAGCUGCCCAGCAGCUCUCGGCCUCCGAGGUGGUCACCCACCUCGGGCAGACUGUGGCCCUGGCCAGCGGGACACUAAGUGUGCUCCUGCACUGUGAGGCCGUCGGCAACCCAAGGCCUACCAUCAGCUGGGCCAGAAACGGAGAAGAGGUUCAGUUCAGCGACAGGAUUCUUCUACAGCCAGAUGAUUCCUUACAGAUCCUGGCACCAGUGGAAGCUGAUGUGGGUUUCUACACUUGCAAUGCCACAAAUGCCUUGGGAUAUGACUCUGUCUCCAUUGCCGUCACAUUAGCAGGAAAGCCACUAGUGAAGACAUCACGAGUGACUGUGAUCAACACUGAGGAGCCUGCAAUCACAGCUGAUGUAGGAAGCACUAUCAAAACAGUGCCAGGAGUGAAUGUGACCAUUAACUGCCAAGUUGCAGGUGUGCCCGAAGCCGAAGUCACUUGGUUCAGGAAUAAAAGCAAACUGGGUUCCCCUCACCAUCUGCACGAGGGCUCCUUGCUGCUCACAGACGUGUCCUCUUCAGAUCAGGGCCUCUACUCCUGCAGGGCAGCCAAUGUGCACGGAGAGCUGACGGAGAACACACAGCUGCUGAUCCUAGAUCCCCCCCAAGUCCCCACACAGUUGGAAGACAUCAGGGCCUUGCUUUCAGCCACUGGACCGAACCUUCCUUCAGUGCUGACAUCUCCUCUGGGAGCACAGCUGGUCCUGGAUCCUGGGAAUUCUGCUCUCCUUGGCUGUCCCAUCAAAGGUCAUCCUACCCCAAAUAUCACCUGGUUCCAUGGUGGUCAGCCAGUUGCCACUGUCCCAGGACUGACACAUCAUAUAUUGGCAGCUGGACAGAUUCUCCAGGUUGCAAAUCUUAGUGGCGGGUCCCAAGGGGAAUUCAGCUGCCUUGCACAGAAUGAGGCAGGAAUGCUUGUGCAAAAAGCCUCUUUGGUGAUCCAAGAUUACUGGUGGUCCGUGGACAGACUGGCAACCUGCUCAGCCUCCUGCGGUAACAGGGGCGUUCAGCAACCCCGCCUGAGGUGCCUCCUGAACAGCACAGAGGUCAACCCCACCCACUGUGCAGGGAAGGUGCGCCCUGCCGUGCAGCCCAUUGCAUGCAAUCGGAGAGACUGCCCUUCUCGGUGGAUGGUGACCUCCUGGUCUGCCUGUACUCGGAGCUGUGGGGGAGGUGUCCAGACCCGCCGGGUGACCUGCCAGAAGCUGAAAGCCUCUGGAAUCUCCACUCCUGUGUCCAAUGACAUGUGUACCCAGCUUGCCAAACGGCCAGUAGACACCCAGGCCUGUAACCAACAGCUCUGCGUGGAGUGGGCCUUCUCCAGCUGGGGCCAGUGCAAUGGGCCUUGCAUCGGGCCUCACCUAGCCGUGCAACACAGACAAGUGUUCUGCCAGACACGGGAUGGCAUCACCUUACCAUCAGAGCAGUGCAGUGCCCUUCCAAGGCCCGUGAGCACCCAGAACUGCUGGUCAGAAGCCUGCAGCGUACACUGGAGGGUCAGCCUGUGGACCCUGUGCACGGCGACCUGCGGCAACUAUGGCUUCCAAUCCCGGCGUGUGGAGUGUGUGCACGCCCGCACCAACAAGGCAGUGCCUGAACACCUGUGCUCCUGGGGCCCCCGGCCGGCCAACUGGCAGCGCUGCAACAUCACCCCAUGUGAAAACAUGGAGUGCAGAGAUACUACCAGGUACUGCGAGAAGGUCAAACAGCUAAAACUCUGCCAACUCAGCCAGUUCAAAUCUCGCUGCUGUGGGACUUGCGGCAAAGCGUGA